AUGGAGAGGCCAACAGGAAGAGGAGGUCCUGGUGCGGACAUGAUUUUAUCAAAUUAUAGACUCGGAAAAACUCUCGGUAUUGGUUCAUUUGGGAAAGUGAAAAUUGCACAACACAUAUUGACUGGACAUAAAGUUGCUAUCAAAAUCUUGAAUCGUCGUAAGAUUAAGAGCAUGGAUAUGGAAGAAAAAGGUAUUUUUUUGCUGUUGAACAAGAAAAAUUUUACUCUGUUCUACAUGAAUGUGAAAUUUACCGAACAUUUUUUGAUGUUAAAGCUGAAAUAUGUAUCACAUUAUACCUUUUAGUCAUCUAUAUGAUGUAUUUCUGGAUUCUCUUUUCGAAUCAUUCAUUAACUGAAAUCACCAAAUAUUUGGCAAACUUUUCGAGUAAUGUAUUUAUGAUUGCAUCCUUUUUUUUCUGUUUACCUUUUCUCUUAUUGAAAAUGGUAGAAAAUGUACUGGGUCUCAAGUUUCUCUCAAUGGUUUCUGUGGUUUUGGCAAUGAUGAAAAAUAACCGAGAGAAUAGCGUUGUAGAGAAUACAUCUCUGGGAGAUAUAACAGUAGCCGUUCAGUGCUUUGAUACUUCAACAAGAUCCUCAAUUUGUAUUUCCUCUGCACCCCCAGCUGAAAGGUAUUACUAACAUUUUGAAGAUUGGUAAUUCCCUCCCUGAUAGGAUAUUUUGGACUAUUAGAUUUUUCUAAGCAAACUAAUGAGAGAAGUUUCACCCGGUGAAUGUUUCUGUUUGUAUACAUGGUUCUUUACCAUGUGAAAUAUCAGAAGAGGUUUUCGGGAAAGAAAUUUUUUCAGUAAUUGGUUGUCUAAGAAAACAGUUAUUUCUCUAUAGCAAGCAUUCUUUAUCUGGAAUGCAAAACGCUCUAUUAAAUAACUCGUUUUCAUUUAGUGUCUUCAGGUCUGUUAGUUAUCAGUGAUUUUUUUAAAUGGGCCAUAAUGAUUGAUGCUUGCCAUGUUUCAUUUGCAGUCUGAGGUCUCUUGCCCCAUAUUUUACUGUUGGGCACUCCUUUCUUUAACAAUCACUAUCUUGUUUUUGUUAAAAUCUUAAAAAUGAUAGUAUGAUAAUUAAUUUUCUUCAGAAUUUUUUAAACUAUUUUGAUCGUUCUCGUCAUAUUACAGUGAGACGUGAAAUGAAGAUAUUGAAAUUAUUCAUGCACCCUCAUAUCAUACGCCUUUAUGAGGUAAUUGAGACACACACCGAUAUCUAUGUUGUGAUGGAGUAUGUGGCGAAUGGGGAGCUUUUUGAUUUCAUAGUAGAGAAGGGUAGACUACAAGAACAUGAGGCUCGCUGUUUUUUCCAGCAGGUAAAUAAUCCCAAAUCAGAGAGAAACCAGUGAUUUAAUGAACUGCUCAUCCAUUAGUAAUGAUUGGAGAACACUUUUUAAGUUCUUCAGUUAUGAAUCGAACAUUUCAAAUGCGUUUUGCUCCAUUUAGCAGAGUAUCUUCUGUUCUUUGGCAGAUAAUAUCUGGAGUGGAGUACUGCCACAGAAAUAUGGUGGUCCACCGAGAUCUGAAGCCUGAGAAUUUACUACUGGAUUCAAAAAAUAAUGUCAAAAUUGCUGAUUUUGGAUUGAGUAACAUAAUGAGGGAUGGUCAUUUUCUAAAGACAAGUUGUGGGAGCCCAAAUUAUGCCGCCCCUGAGGUACAUAAUUCAUAUAAUGCUUCUGGAUUGUUAAUUACGACUGAAAAUUGUAAUUCUAAUACUCGAAUGAUUAUCCCUAAUCAAAUUUUUAGGUGAUCUCCGGAAAAUUAUAUGCUGGGCCUGAAGUUGAUGUAUGGAGUUGUGGUGUAAUAUUGUAUGCCCUGCUUUGUGGUACUCUUCCCUUUGAUGACGAGAAUAUUCCCAAUUUGUUUAAGAAGAUUAAGGUUCAGAUAAUAUUUCCCUCUACACGCCUGUUUUUUCAUUCUUUGAUCUUUUUCAAACGUACAAAAGAGCCACUCUAGUUUUAAAAUGCUUACUCUGUAGGGUGGGAUAUAUACUCUACCAAGUCACCUGUCGGCUGGAGCCAGAGAUUUGAUCCCCAGAAUGCUUGUUGUUGAACCAAUGAAACGAAUGACUAUAUCCGAUAUCCGUCAGCACCCAUGGUUUCAAGCUCAUCUUCCUCGUUAUCUUGCAGUGCCUCCCCCAGAUUCAAUACAACAAGCCAAGAAGGUGUUUUUUCUUUUACUCUAAUGCAGAAUCAGACAAUCUGUCGUGAACUUGUGGUUUAUAACUUUUUUAUUAUAAGUACCAGUGUACUACUACAUCUUGAACUGCAAUGAGGAGCGCGUCAAGCAUUUUAAGACAGAUCUUCCGAACGCGGUCGAGAUAGAAUUAUUGCUUCAAGGAGCUGCAAUAUCUCCUGAUUUAUGUACAGUGGAGUAGAUUUUAUGCAAGUCUCCGAUGUCUCUUAGCAAAGAUUAGCACAGUCCGAGUUGUAACUUUUUAAUGCAUUUUUUUUGUCUAGACAUAGUUUUUUUUCCCGGCAUGACUUUUUAUCUCUGAAAUGUACCUUUUGCAUGGACGUGAAAGAUUCACAGACGAUAGUAUCUCCUUGGUCUCACUAAGGUUGGCGUGAGAUGCAUCGUCUGUCUUUCCAACAUAACUGAAAUUCUCUUUGUUUGUUACUGGACUUCAUAUCGUUAUCAUCUACCUUUUCCUGUUUUGUCAGUUGGGGGUGACUGAUUAUGAUUUGAGAUAUAAAAUGUCUGAAGAUGUCAGGUGUUUUGACUAGUUACCAGCUCCUUUUCUGGGAAAUCCCAGUCUCAUGCUAGCUUACAUAGGGAGUACCUCCUAAUGGCAUGUGACGAUAUUGCAUGAAGAUUAGUUGAUUCUUAAGCAGAACCACUGAUGCCAUAUGAUAAGGGAGAAGAUGUGAUAAGAUCCCAGAUCAAAGAACUACGAAUAAUUCGUAUUAGAUGAAAAACAGUCAGUAGAACAGAAAUAAACAAAGAUAAAGAACAGUAGAAGAACCCAGAACAGAUGGGAGCGUCACAUACAACCCUCCAAACCUUCUCGUCGAUCCAUGAGAUACUAACACCGAUUUUUCCUCCUCUCUCCUUCCUGAUCCGCCCCUCCUUAUAUCCUCUCCUUUCCCUCUCUUAUUUAGGCAGUUAGUCUCCUGCCAUAAUUGCUCUUACUACAACCGCUCUUUGCCAUAACUGUGCCUUCCCUCAAUCAUGCUAACCAUUAUUGAUUUAUUGGGCUUUGGGCCUUCUUCCUUCUAGCAUAUGUGCGUGGAGCCUUAUCAAGAUGAUAGACAGCACUUGUAACAAUCCUUUCCCAUCUAAUUCCGGCUCACCGAAUUCAUCUCACUUGAUAUUUUUCCUGCUCUUCCUCUACUGUCUACCUCCCCCCCUGCUCCAAAGAAAAAGUUUAUACUAUCGUUCCGUUUUUGCUUGUCAUCAUAUGCCCUCAUAGUUGGUCAACUUGUCUUUCUGACUGUGUGCCCAGCUUGGAAAUGUGUACCUGUUUAAAGCAUUCAAUGCCCAUAUGUACCGUGUGGGUAUGUAUAUACCAUGGAAAUCUGCACUGGGGAUGCCGUUUUGUCAAAAAGUUCUCUGGCCUUGGACUAGUAUAUUUCAGUGUUUCUGAAUAUGUGGUACAAUUCACUCUAAACUGAAGGCAUAUGGUGAUUUUUUAUGAGACCCAUAAAUGUGAAAUCAGGCUUUCUCUUUGUUUAAUGUUUUUUUACUUGCAUCAAAUAUAAUUGUUAUUGUUCUUUUUUGUCCAGUUUGAUGAGGAAAUCCUCCAAGAUGUAGUUGCAAUGGGGUUUGACAGGAACCAGCUCGUUGAGGCUCUUCACAAAAGACUGCAAGAUGAUGUAUCUCCUUAAAAGUUGUGUUUCUCUCUAGAAUGUUUGUUUCUUUAUACUAACGCAUUUGCUCUUACUUCAUGUCAUAGGCAACUGUUGCAUACUACUUGCUACUGGACAACCGUUUUGAUGCUUUCAGUGGUUACCUUGGAGAUGAUUUCCAAGAAGCUAUGGUUUGUAUAACAUCUCAGGGAAAACACUCCCACUACUAACCCCGAGCAAGUUGAGCUGUGGAAUUUUUGCACUUCUGCAUAAAUUCUAAAUGGGUAAAUUCAUAGUGUUUGCAUGGAUAUCUUACAACAGGAGUGUGGUCCUGCUGGAAUGGUUUCACCUUCGGCUACAUCAAUUGGUCAUCACCAAGGGAUGGGGCUACAAUCGCAUUUUCCUUUGGAAAGGAAGUGGGCUCUUGGACUUCAGGUUGAUUUGGUGCGCUUCUUUUUUUUUUUCCCCUUAAAUGUGCUCUACAUUCAUUUUACUGAUUGGGGUAACCCUUUUUGGCCACUGAUGUGGCCUUCAUUUGUGGAUGAAAGUCUCAGGCUCAUCCACGCGAGAUAAUAACGGAGGUUCUUAAAGCUCUGCAAGAAUUGAAUGUCUGCUGGAAAAAGAUUGGACAUUAUAGUUGGAAGUGCAGAUGGUUUCCUGGUGGCCUGAAUAAUUCCGAAAUCAUAGAGAAUGCUCACUCCCAUGCUGAUCGUAGCUUUGGAGAUGAAUCUACUAUCGUUAAAGAUGAUGCUGCUAUGAUGCCACCAAACACCGUAAAGUUCGAGGUUCAGGUACGCAUGUCUUGUCUGCCUCCGAUUACGACAUAAGCAAUUGCAAAAACAAUUGGAAUUAGGAUUGUUUUCUGUUGCAUGAAUAGAUUGUUUACUUGAGAUUUAAGACGAAAGCUCUGUGAUAAAGUUUCAUGGUAAGUUAGUACAAAAAAUUAUUAAUUUUCGGUGCAGCAUAUUUUACUCGUGCCUUCUCUGUACUUUCUUCGGGGAAGAAAGUAAUAUUUUGCUUUCCUGAUCACAUUAUUUUAGUCCCAUCUUUCUACCUUUUCACGGGAGUAACAUGGAUGAUGUGCGAAAGUGCCUGUAGAUAAACCUAUGAAAAAUCAUUUAGUGUGCUUGUAUUAGGACGUUAUCGUUUUGUUUUGGUUAAUUUAGCUUGCAUUUUUAUUUUAUGUAUUUAUUUUACUAUUAACCUCUUUAUUGAGGAAGAAAACUGCUCCAAUCCUAGAACUGAGGAAAGAUAAAUUCCAAUAAUUCACGCCCUUGUUUAGCUUCCUCCUCCCACGAAUGAUUAAAUUUAUCUGACGAGCAUGAAAACCCCUCCUAACACAAACCCGAAUAGCUGGAAUGGAACAACAUUCCUUCACUCACUGAACCCUAAGCGAUAAUGACUUUCAAGCUGCACCUUUGAUGGGUUUACCCAAGUGGGUUUAAAGAGCUUCCCUUGUUUCUGUAUCACUCACUAUCUUGGAGGGAUUCAAAUAGCUGAAAAGCUUCUAAUUGUGCUUUUUUUUGGAGCAAAACUGGAAUCCAUUAAAUAUCUUGGAGGGAUUCACCUUUGAUGGGUUUUAAAGAGCUUAUUUUGUUUCUGUAUCACCAACUAUCUUGGAGGGAUUCAAACAGCUGAAAAGUUUCUAAUUGUGCUUUUUUAGAGCAAAACUGGAAUCCAUUAAAUAUCUUGGAGGGAUUCACCUUUGAUGGGUUUAACCAAGUGGGUUUAAAGAGCUUUCCUUGUUUCUGUAUCCCUAACUAUCUUGGAGUGAUUCAAACAGCUGAAAAGUUUCUAAUUGUGCUUUUUUUUGUGAGCAUAAGCUGGAAUCCAUCAAAUUGUUGGGCUUCCUUCUCAAUUUUUUGGGAUACGGCUCCAUAACUUCCAUCCUCGGAUGUGAGGACUGGAUCUCUCUGUUUCUUAACGUCUUCAGAUGAGUUGGGAUCUUCUCAGACCAAGUAGGAUCAGAAUUGAUAGAUAGAUCCUUUUUUGAUCCUCCACUCUCAGUCCUCUUCAUCAGAUGGCAACCACAGAAAACGAUCCAAUGAGGUCUGAAUUCAAACAGAAUUGACAUUGAUUUUUUUCUGAAUUGUUUGACCAACAUCAUUCUUCCUCUAUCAUACAAUGAUAGUGGCAUCCCACCUGAGAUGAAAGAUAGUCGUUGGUUCUUCAAAGAUGUGGCAAAGUCAACCGCUUGCAUCAUAUUGCUGAACGUUAGAAGCCGCCAUUUUUUUCUCCGUUAUGUUUCGGUCAUUGCUGAUGAACAUCCAUCUGUUUGCAGCUCUACAAGACUCGAGAGGAAAAAUAUCUCCUUGACCUGCAGAGAGUGCAGGGCCCGCAGCAUCUCUUCCUCGACCUCUGUGCUGCCUUCCUUUCUCAACUGAGGGUCCUAUGA